AAUUUCUCCAAUUAAAUCGUAAAUGUACUUAAUUGCUGUGUAAUUACCAUCUUCCUGGCAUUGUUCCAAUUGUCGGUCUAUUUUAAUGAAUUGGACAACGAAUUCUUUCAAUGUAACGAUGAAAGGAAUUAUCAGUAUCGCAUGGCUACUCUUGAUUUCUUCAACUUAUUGUGCUGAACUCAAAAAAGAUGUUGUAUUUCUUCCAUCUAUCGGAUCAGAUUCUACAGAUAAUGCUCAAAUCAAAAAAUCUUCAAUAACUCCUGUCUUAAGCACACCAAUGGCCUGGAUAGCAGGAGAUAUAAACAAAAAUCCGUUGCGACAAAUAAGCAUUUGUACCUGGGUAAAAUCGUUGGAGCAAAGGGCGACUGGGACUGUUUUUGCCUACGUUACAUCGUCAGAGAGAAUAGAGUUUGGUAUUGUUUCCAUCAACACAAAGGGGGUAGAUAAAGAUGAAAAUGACCCGCAUAUCCUAUAUGUCGUCAUCAAGGGUAAAAGGUCAAAUAUUCCAAUACAAUUAGGACUUGAUGACGUCAGGUGGCAUCAUGUUUGUAUGACGUGGUCGUCUAGGAACGGAAUAUGGAAAGUUUAUAAUGAUGGAAGGAAGAUAGCGCAGGGUUUGGGAAUGAAGAAAGGAAAAGUCAUAGCCCCUGGCGGUCGAUAUUACCUCGGAGGAGGAGUAUUCAAAUGGGAGGAUGAGGACUCCAUCGUGAACGGUAGCGACAUCUCGAGGAUGAAUUAUCGAGUCAGUACUUCGUUUCGAGCUGGCAGACGCAAACGCAAUACAUUUUCAACAGAAACAAAACGAAUGAUAGGAAAAUUCACAGAUUUUUACGUUUGGAGUAAAGUAGUAUCAAAAACUCAUGUUAGAACGUUAUCAAACUGCAGCUCAACAUUCCGAUAUAAAUUCAAUAAAGAAGUUAAGAAAGAUACAAGCUACGCUAAUCUGUUCCGGCCCCUUAGGCGUAAAGCACAAAGAAAGCUUUCUCCUCUUUCAUGGGCUUCACGAAAUGUGGUCUUCCGUUGGAAUGUCGAAGCCAUUACGCUCCAAAAACCAGCAACUUUGGAUUUGCCAGGAGACUUGUGCGGCUAUUCCAUCUCCAUAGAGUGUGAAACAAAUCAAAUUCUUAUAUCUGUCGACCGAAACAUACCAGAAUGGUAUGACGUAGAAGAUCAUGAAAUACAUGUAAAUGAUCGAAACUGUGUCCCAGAGAUCAGAGGGGAUUAUCUAGUCUUCCAUUUGCCAAACCUAUCGACUUGUGGAACGCAAAGAAAGGUUGUUGGGAAUGAUGUUCAAUACAUCAACACAGUCAGCAACACUCCAAAGAAUGGUGAAAUUUACUUUGGUCGAAUAUUCAAGGCCGAUGUUCUCUGCAAGUUUCCACUGAAUGUCUCAGCAUCUUCAACUCAAAUUAUUACUGGAAAAGCACCAGAAGUCAUAGACAAGACGACGAUAACCAACCCCAAAACAAACAAAGAAGAUUUAGAAGCAGUAUUUGUGCUUUCGGUCGACGAUGAGUUUACGGAUCCAUUCAGACAGGGAAGCUCAAUCCGAUCGGAUAAAACAGUCUGGGCUGGCAUCGCAAUUCAAGGAAUUCACGAAAAUUCUGAUGACGUCAAUGUACUAGUGGAAAAAUGCUGGAUAGAUUCUGAAGACAGAAGAGUGUCACUUGUAAAUCAACAGGGAUGUGACGAGUCACCAGCAAGAAUUUUUGAAAACGGAGAGAAACCAAAUGUGAGAAUGGAACUCCCAACUCAAAAUAUCAAAGCAAAUACUCCAACUUAUAUCGGAUGCUCUUUUCAUCCAUGUAUAGGCGAAGAUUGUGUCCCAACUUGUGAGAAAAUAGAGGAAACAAACAGCGUUAGAUCAAGAAAAACAAGAGACACUCGUGGUGGAAACAUAAUUUACGAGUUAAGAGCGGGACCUUUUAUUGUACAAGAGACGAGCGAGGAAAACGAUGAAUUAGAAGAUGACAACACUCUUCUAAUUGUAACUGCAGUCGUUCCCUCAGUGAUCGUCUUUCUCAUACUCGUUGCGUGCGGCGGAGGAAUCAUAUAUUUUAUAAUGAGAAAAAGCAGAAGAAUGCAUAAUAUUAACAACCAUUACGAAGUUUCUGACGUAAAGGGACGCAAAAGCAAACGAGCAAUACGGACUCAUUCAUUCACUUUCUGACGUCCAACGUACAAUGCGUACAGCAUUUACCCUCCUUCGUAUCAUGCAAUCGUGCGAGCAAAGUUCCAAAGACAAGUAGUUGCAAUGAAUGACGUCAUGGAAGUACCCAAUGACAUCAUCGAAGAUAAGGACGUAAAUUAUCAUCAGAAUACCAACACAAUGAUAUCUACAGUACAUUGAUUUACAUUCCAUUUUUUUUUCGUUCAAUUUUGUAUAUAUUAUUAUUCGAUUCAUUUUUCUUUUUUACUAAGUGACCAAAGAAGCAUUAUGCAAUUCUUUGAUGUUAGCACGACGCGACAAUAAGGUGGCUAAUGAUAAAAAUGGGGAGUGUCCGCAAUAGACAAAUUUGCACUGAUAAACCUAUAUAUCGCAUCUUUAUUCUGGGGUUUUAAAACAAAAAGGCGAAUGUUCGAAUCAUAGGAAAUUGUAAUUGGAAAAUACAAAGAUAAAGCUGAUUUUGAGCUGGCUCUCUAAUAAAAAUUUGAAGGCAUAAUCAUCCAAUCAUUCCAAUGAAAAAAGUUUAGAUUUUCUCAAAACGCAUAUUUUUUAACAUCGUCAUUUUGGGUUUGCGCCUCUUUCGCUUAAUAAGUACAUUUUUUAAAAUAUUGCUUACCUGAAAACGUUUGAGUUUUCUGCAUUUUCAUAGUGCCAAUUUGCAAGUACAAAAAUAAAUAAAUAAUAUCUUCCA